GGGAAGAAUACCGGUAGCCGGCAGUGACUUCUCGCUCCGACCCUAUAGUUAUGACGACAACCCAAUCCCUGACUUUGAACUCAAAAACUUUAGUCUAGCUUUCGAGGACCAAACACUCAAACUACCAUACAUUAAAUAUGCUCAAAAAGUAAGUUUAUAUAAACUGAAACUAUUUGGUAGCCCGUGGUCAGCACCGGCCUGGAUGAAAAACAAUACCCGGCUAAAUAGGGGUGGGUUUCUCAUUGACAAACCCGGCGGCAAAUACUAUAAAGCAUUCGCUCACUAUUUAGUAAAAUUUCUGGACGCAUACAAAGCGAAUGGAGUUCCCAUUUGGGGCCUGACUAUGGAGAACGAACCCUUGCAUUCCGAUCCCAACUAUUCAUUCAAUAGUUUGGGUUUUACAGCAGAACUUCAACGAGACUUUAUUAAACAGGAUUUGGGACCCAUUCUCGAAGAGGCCGGUUAUGGCGUCAAUACCACCAAACUUAUGAUAUUUGAUGAUAAUAUCAACCAACUGUUGCAAUGGGCGCAGACUAUAUUAGCGGACAGGGAUGCGGCCAAAUAUAUCUCAGGCACU